AUGAGCAGUCAUAGGCUCUUGCUGCUGCUGGUGGCGUUCACGGCACUGCUUGCGUUGACAACGGCGGCGGAGUACAAUGUGGUUGACUACGGCGCAAGGCCUGAUGGCGGGACGGACUCGGCGGGGGCGUUCCUGGCCGCGUGGGGUGCGGCGUGCAAUGACACAGGGCGCUCCGGCUCCCGGCCGGUGCUGCGCGUGCCGGCGGGCAGGUUCCUGCUUAGCCAGGCCUAUUUCAAGGGGCCCUGCCGGAGCGCCGGCGUGGUCGUGGCCAUUGACAACAACGGCACCGUCUUCGCGCCGCCGGCACUAGACAGCAAGGCGUGGAUCAUGUUCCACCACGCCGAUGGCCUGGCGAUCCGCGGCGGGACGCUAGACGGGCAGGGGCAGGAGUAUUGGGCGUGUAAGAAGGUCGGCAAUUGCACGGGUCAAGGCCCCAGGACGCUCGACAUUAGCCAGUCCAAGGGCGUGAGUGUGAAGCAGCUGACGCUGCUCAACAGCAAGGUAUUCCACAUGGCCAUCUUCGACUGCACCGGCGUGACGGUCCAAGGCAUCCAGAUCAUCGCGCCGGCCAACAGCCCCAACACCGAUGGCAUCCACGUCAGCCACUCCCGCCACGUGAGCAUCCUCAAUACCACCAUCGGCACCGGGGACGAUUGCGUCUCCUUAGGGCCCGGCACCUCCAACGUGCUCAUAAGGGACAUCGAGUGCGGUCCGGGCCACGGCAUCAGCAUCGGGAGCCUGGGAUGGCAGGACGGUGAGGAGGGGGUGAGGAACGUGACGGUGGACAGGGCGGUGCUCACGGGCACGACCAACGGCCUGCGGAUCAAGACGUGGGCGAUGCCCAACUCCGGCUCCGUCACAAACGUCUCCUUCUCACGGAUCACCAUGAACCGCGUGGCCAACCCCAUCCUCGUCGACCAGAACUACUGCCCCCGCAAGGUCGACUGCCCAGGCAAUAGCUCGGGGGUGCAGAUCAGCAACAUAUCAUACACGGACAUCGAGGGCACAUCGGCGACGCCCGUUGCAGUGAAGUUCAACUGCAGCAGCACCAACCCCUGCAGCGGGAUCAAGCUCACGAACAUUAGGCUGACGUACAAGCACAAGCGGCCGGCGCAGGCCAAGUGCGGAAAUGCCGGCGGGUCCACGUCCGGAGAGGUCAGACCGCCGAGCUGCUUCUGA